AUGCCAUUUGAACGUUCCUGGACUGAGAUCGGACGAAAUACAUUAUGUAAUGAUCAAGAUGCUCAAAGGUUAUUUUAUUCAGUUGCUCAACGUAUUAUUCAAAUAACAAGAAAACAAUAUUUAGCUAAUGAUCGAUUAUGUGAUGCACUUGUCUAUCGUCGUGCAGCUGAUUCAUAUGCAAAAAAAAGUUCAACAGAAAUUGUUACUGUACAAAAAUUAAGAAACCAUGCUGAUGAAUAUGAAAAUCUUGCUAUACGUCUUCUUCAAUGUCUUUAUUUAUCUAAUUCAAAUAUGGCAUGCUUGGCCUUAAAACGUGAAAAUUUUGAAUUUAAUAAAUUUUCAUCAUUGAAAGUUGCUUGUAUGUUUAUAAUUGUUUUUAAAGUGUGA